AUGGCCUUGGUAUCACCCACUGUGUUGGCGAUUUCCGCUGUCUGCUUUCUGGUUGUGGCAGUCUAUAAAUUUAUCAUCUUUCCUGCAUUCCUAUCCCCGCUCUCCAAAGUUCCAAAUGCGCAUUUUACGUCCUCCAUUGCGCCCUUUUGGAUAUUAUGGAAACGUUUUCAGAUGACAGGAAAUCGGACAAUACAUGAAGCCCAUCAAAAACAUGGACCUAUUGUCCGGUUAGCCCCAACAGAACUGUCCAUUAACUGUGUUGAUGGUGGCAUCCGUACUGUAUAUGCCGGUGGCUUUGAAAAACAUGCGUGGUAUCCGAGAGUCUUUGGCGCCUUUGGGACUAUUAGCAUGUUUUCGAUGGUUGCCAGCAGGCCUCAUUCCAUACGCAAGCGAAUGAUGUCUAAUAUAUAUUCCAAGUCUUACUUACAGACCUCUACCCAACUCUCGGCCGUGUCCCGCAAGAUUUUAUUCCAGCGGCUAUUUCGAAUCCUUGAACACCAUGUCAAAGCCGUGGAUCAGGUCGAAGUUCAUGAACUUAACAACGCUAUCACCAUGGACUUUGUAACCGCGUAUAUUUUUGGACUGUCUGCUGCAACGAACUUUUUGGAAGACACAACCACACGAAAACAAUGGCUGGAUGCGUAUCAAUCCCGGAAACCCUUUGAAUUUUAUCACCAGGAAGUACCGAAUCUUGUUGCUUGGGCAGAAAAGCUGAAGCUUCCUCUGAUUCCAAGCUGGUGCAAAAAAGCGAACGACGACAUGGAGAACUGGGGGCUUGAACUAUGCGAUAAGGCUGAAGAACACCUAUCGACAGCAGACAUUGAGUCUCAGCCAACCGUCUACAAACAGCUCAAGAUGUCAAUGAUUAAGCAGCUGGGGUUGAAGAAUGAAAAAGCUGUUCCUGAGCAUAUGUCGAACCAAUUACGAAUGGAUAUUGCCUGUGAGUUAUAUGAUCAACUCACUGCUGGCCACGAGACGAGCGCUGUUGCUUUAACCUAUCUAUACUGGGAGCUCUCAAGGAACCCUGAAUUGCAACGUGAGCUACGAAAGGAGCUACGAGGCCUCUCCCCUUCCAUCAACUUUCCAAUACACUCCGAAACUGUGCCCAACCUUCCUUCACCGAAGGAUAUCGAUGCCUUACCACUCUUAAACGCAGUUAUCACGGAAACGCUUCGCUUGCACGCUCCCAUACCAGGCCUUCAACCCCGUGUUACACCGUCGCCAAUGUCUAGUCUCGGAGGAUACCACCAGAUACCCCCCAAUACAAGAGUGAAUGCUCAAGCAUAUUCCUUGCAUCGGAAUCUAGAUGUUUUCCCUGAGCCAGAAUUGUGGCUCCCGAAACGCUGGCUUAAACCCGGCGAUUCCCCCGAAAUGGAAAACAUGAAACGAUGGUUCUGGGCGUUUGGUAGCGGAGGAAGGAUGUGUGUUGGCAGCAAUUUUGCGUUACAAGAAAUGAAACUUGUCGUGGCGGCCAUUUAUUCCAAUUACACAACCACCAUUGUCGAUGACGAUGGAAUUGAAGCUAUUGAUGCAUAUACGGUCCGGCCUACAAGCAAUAGACUGGUGUUGGAGUUUCAUCGCGCCGAUAUAUAA